AUGGAGAAUAAGAGAUGGUUGAACAUAGUAGUUGAUGGAAACAAAGCCAUGGAGCAGUAUUGGACUGAUAUUGUUUCAAAUUAUCUUGAAAAAAUUGUCAGGUGCUUCAUUGGUGAAAGACAAGACCAUGAAAAUUAUCUUGGGCUGGUGUUUUAUAAUGCAAACUCUGAACUAGUGGAAGCAGGCUAUGACAUGCAAUUCAUAAACUGGACAAAAGAUGUGAAUAAAUACAUGCAACAUUUGUCACAUUUAUCAUUCAAUGGAAAUGAUCUAAAUCAAUCUAGCAUGGCAGAAGGUUUAGCAGAGGCUCUUGUGAUGUAUCCAAAGCCAUGUGAUACAAUGACAGAAAGAGAAUACUACAAUGCAGAAAGACAUUGUAUUCUAGUGGCUUCAGGUGAACCUGUUCCUAAGACAAUGCUUGUCUGUGUACCUAUGAUUCAAAGAAGUCAAGUUAUUGGUCGAAGAUUACAAGCUUGUCAGAUCGAUUUUCUUGAAGUUGCCAAAAAAUGUGUCCCGCUAGCUGUGUCCCUGUCAGUGAUAAGUCCUAAUCCAGUUCCAAUUUUUGGAGUCAUAUUUAACUUGGGAAAUAAUGUAUUAACAUGGUCAAAGGCUCCAAUCUCUAGUUACAGCACUGGUCAAUUGACGAUUUUACUGUCAAAAAACUUUAGAGAAGCACACACUGCACUUAAAGAAAAAAGAAUAGUGGAAUUUCCUUCAACAAGUGUUGGGUCAAUUAAUACAACACCUGAUUCAACACUUUUCAGAGUUCUCAAUGUCCAAGAAGAAUCCGUAGCAUCUCAAGCGAUGAUAGGAGCGAACAUAAGCGAAGCUUGCAAGGACUUAACGCCGGAGAGUGUAAGCACCUUACAGCCUAUCGAUUUUCCGGACUUGAUUUUAUCAAAUGGCACGGACCAGGAAAAUGUUGCAUCCCUUAACUCUCAAAAUCAGAUAAAUCUAUAUGAAGAUAUCAUGGCCGAGCUUAAUAGUGACAACAAUAUUUUUCCACCGAUGAAAAGGUCGAGAACAUUUACACCAUUAGAAGAAGACAAUGAUCUGAUAAACCUUUUCACACUGGAUGAAAACCCUUUUGAUGGCAUCAACCAUUCUCUUGGACAAGAUCAAGGAAUCUCGUUCGAAAAACAGGUUUCGGCUGAAGCUCUAUUAGAGGUUGAAAAUGAACUGGAAAAAGCCCUGAAUGUUGUUUCAAACAAUACACCAGAUGAUCAAACAUCAAAUGUUGAAUGGACCGCAAGUUCAUCGAACAUUGUAAACUUUACUCCGUUCGAAGUACAAGCUCCAGUUUCGAAUACAAAAGAAGGAAAUUCAACAGGACUAUUUUAUGAAAACAUUUCACAAUCAUGGUAUAAUCCGAGCGCGAUAACGGCCAACACAUCAACAUUGGAUUCUUCUUGUCAAUUCCAAGCUGGUGUUUCCAAUGGGAAUUUUACAUUUCCUAAUGUAAUAAGAAACUCACAAAUGCAACCUCAGUCAUACUUAUCAAUAAGUCAAUUACCAAUGUUUCCUAGUUUUCCUAGAGAACCAAUCAGAAAUUUUUCCGCGCAACCUACGAGACAACAUUUUCAAGCUUACAACCAGUAUCCGAGGGAUAAUAUGGCUCCAUUAAAUUCUUGGUGUCAUUCUACACAAAGUAUGUCUGCAAAUUCGAACUGGAACUCAAAUUUGUAUGCCUUCUCUUCCCUCGACAAUUUACAAGACUACGUUCUUACUUGGGAGGGAAAUUUAACAGGAAAAAUUAACUCAAGCCGCGUAACUGUCGUUAAAGCAAGGGCUUUCAGAAAAACAACAACACCACUCACGCUUACUCUUAGGUGGAGUAAUAGGUUGGAGAUAAACCACUUGAUGCCACUUAAGGCUGUUAACCAUACCAAGAAGUUUUCCCAUCCAAUAGAUAAAGUCAUCUUCCAUGUGCUUAAGUACAACAAUGUUGAUUUGUACAAGCACUUGAAAAGCAAAUAUUUGUGUGCUAAAAUUGAUCUGCAAUACCAUUCAAUAAUCAUGUCACCAACUGAAAGAGAAAACUUCUUUGUUGGAACAAUCUUCACCGGAGAUACAUUGUUCAUAGAACCUGCAUAA